GAUCUGGCAACACAGUACAACCCAGGAAGAAAUACCAGCGCGUGGACCUGUUAAAUUGUUAUGGCAGGCACUUCUACAAAGACUGUGCACGACAUCUUUCAAAAUAUGGAGUAUGGACCAUCCAGCACGAGCACAGCAACUGCACAGUCAUGGCUGGAGAAACACUCUCGCAUUCUUGGCUUCUUCAUUGAUGGGAAAUUUUCCAGCCCUGCAGACAGACAGACCCAAGAUGUGACUGAUGCCAACGCAGCGGUGGUCUGCAGCACUGUUUGUGCUAAAGCUGAGGAUGUUGCGUCUGCUGCCUCAUCUGCGGCUGGAGCCUUCAAAACCUGGAGUGAACUGAGCUGUUUCCAAAGAGCCAAAGUGUUACUCAAGUUGGCGAGUGUCCUGCAGAGACACAGUCAGUGUGUGUCGGAGCUGUGUGAGCUCUCUCAGUCUUCUGUCUCUCCCGCUGUGCUCAUUAGACUGGCCCAAUACUAUGCCAGCUGGGCUCAGCUACGAGACACGCUCAUGCCUGAGUGGAUCCCACAAGGUGUUGUGGCAGUGGUUGUUUCAGAUGACUGCUCUGUCUACUUUCUUCUGCUUAAAGUUUUACCAGCUCUAGCUAUGGGCAAUACUGUUCUUGUGGUGCCUGGCAAGACUACUACUCUUCCUGCCCUUCUGUUGGCUCAGCUGUUUCUGGAGGCUGGGAUCCCUGCUGGAGUACUGAAUGUGGUCACAGGCAGUGAAGCAUCACUGGGUGCCACAGUGGCUCAAACUCCACAAGUGAGCUACCUGACCUACAGCGGAAGACAACAGACUGGAGAAGCCCUGGCUAAAGCAGUGGCUGGUUGGGGAGUCCCAAUGUCUUUCUCUCUCUCUCUCAGCUCGGUGUGCCCUUUUAUCAUCUUUGAUUCGGCAGACCUCGACAGUGCUGUGGACGGCGUGAUAGAGCUGGCCUUCAAGAAGAAAAGAGAUUUCCAGUGGGUGCUCUGUGUGCAGGAAUCAGUGUUGGACAGUGUUGUGGCCAGGCUGAAGUUGAGAAUGACUGGGAUGAAAUGUGUUCCUCUUGCCACUGAGACAGACAGGAAUCUUCUAGAUGCUGCAGUUCAGGAGGCCCAGCAGAAGGGGGCGACACUGAUCCAGUCAUGUCCACCUGGAACUGGUGCUGUCUACCCCCCUACUGUACUGUGUGGACUGGCUCCUUCCUGCGAGUCUGUGAUUUCGCCUCCUCCAGGCCCUGUGCUGCCCCUCAUAUCCUUCAGGAGCUCUGCUGAGGGAGUUACACUCGGAAACCACAGUCCUUAUGGUCAGGCGGCCUCCAUCUGGACUGAAGAUUUGACUUUGGCUUUGGAGUCUGCAAAGAGUCUGUGUGUAGGUUCGGUGUGGGUGAACUGUCAUUCUGUAAUGGAUCCCGCAUUGCCCCUGUGUGGACGGAGGGAGAGCGGGAACUGCACUGAUGGAGGCAGAGAGGGUCUGUAUCAGUUCCUUCGGCCGUCACGCUCACCUUCCCUUCCUCACUCCAGUCCCAGCUCUAUCAACUAUGCUGGCUUUGGUUCAGCAGCUUCCAAAUUCAUGAUACCUGAAGGAUUUGAUCCUUCCAGUGUCCCUCGCUUUUACUCGCAGCUCGUGGGUGGUCAGUUGCGUAAAGCUGACUCGGGCUGCAGCAGGUCAGUUUUGGCCCCUGGGGGUGCUGUAUUGGCUCACUGUCCAGACGGAGGCAGGAAGGAUGUCCGGAAUGCAGUGGAGGCCGCCAUUAAGGUCCAGCCAGGGUGGAUGAAGAAAAGUCCCGCUGCACGCUCUCAGUCGCUUUAUUCACUUGCUGACAGUCUAGAUAAGCGGAGGCGGGACAUGGCUGUAUCAAUCCAGACUCAAACCGACAUCUCAUUAGAAGAGGCAGAGAAAGAGGUGCAGCUUAGCAUCUCCAGGCUCUCUGAUUGGGCUGCACGCUGUGAUAAACAGCAUGGUUGUACUCCAUUCCUGCCCCAGUCUGGUUCUGCCCUGUCAUCUCCUGAGGCUUUAGGGGUGCUGGGAGUGAUUCUCCCCAACUCCAAACCGCUGCUCCCUCUGGUGUCUUUGCUAGGGGCAGCUAUUGCCAUGGGUAAUGCCGUUAUCAUAGUGCCAAGUGAAAAAUCCCCUCUUCCAGCUCUUGAAUUUAUACAGGUCCUGCAGGCCUCUGAUAUCCCCGGAGGUCUGGUCAGUAUUAUAACAGGGGGCAGGGAUCAGCUGACGCAGGCACUUGCCAACCACAGUGUGAUUCAAAGCAUUUGGUAUUGGGGAAGUAAAGAGGGCUGUCAGUUUCUCCAGUACUCCUGUGUGAGUCCCCUUAAACGUCUGUGGUUACACUGUGAAGAGGAGGAGGAGAGGGAAGCAGGACAAAACUGGACCAGCUCAAAUCCCUCUCUUCAAGAAGAGCUUUGGAGGAAGGCGGUGGUGUGGAAAAGUAUUUGGAUCCCUACUGCAUAAAGCACUUAUUACAUUUCAGAGGUGGAAAGUAACAAAUUACAAUUACUCACAUUACUGUAAUCGAGUAGCUUUUUGUGUACUUCUACUUUUUAAAAAGUGUUUUUUUAAAUCUGUAAUUUUACUUUAACUUUUUUUUUUAAGUAUUGUACUUUGCUAUAUUUAAAAAAACAUGAAUUAUUGAGUAAAAUAAUAAGUCGCUCCCUGUAAACUAGUACAGUAAAUAAUGAGCAGGAGAACAAACUGGCGCUAAAAUCAGAAGAAAGAUAGAGACUGACAAGAUGUUAUGGUGCAAACCCAGCUGAAAACGAAACCCUGUCGUAUUCUGCUGAAGUCGAAAUCUAAGAAAAAUAAGUUAAGCCCUGGCCAUAUUUGUGCUGUAUUAAGCAGUGUUAGCUGUCUUUGCCUAUGGGAGACCAGACUAGUAGCUUAUAAAAUCCCGAAAUGAACCAUUCGCAAACAUGUAGAGGUAAUACUUCCGUCAUUGCAUUCCUGUUAAAAUACAGCUUUGACAGUUUACCAAAAGGUUUUUUUACUCGAGUAGAAUAUUUUUGUACUCUUUCCACCUCUGUUAAAUUUUGGACGACAGAAAGUGACUGGGCAUGUUUAGGAGAAGUUCUAACUUUUGUUUCACAUUCACAAGGUCAUGUGAAAUAAGGAAGGUUACUUUUAUUAAUGUUUCCCAUGACAGACGGUUGUAUUCUGACAAAUAAUCUAUUAUAACAAGUUUAACUUGUUUACUGCAAAUAUAGUACAGGUUUUAUUACAAAUGCAAAAAAUUAAAACAUUGUCAAACAUU